AUGGGCGACAUGAUCCGGGACCUACCGCCCGCCGCUGCCGGCGCAACAGCGACCGAAACUCAUACUCCCACGCAAGCGCAGUCGCAGCCGCGCAAUAAGCUCUUCCUCGGCUCAUUCAUUCACUCAAAGACAAAGGAGCAGCUCGAGUACCUCCACGGCGCGGCCGUCUGCGUUGAUGCCGCUGGAACGAUUGUAGCUGUCGAAGCGGAGUGCGAUUUGAAGAGAGCCGAGGCGGAGGUUCUGCCGCGCUUGGGGUGGGCAGUUGGCGAUGUCGAGGUUUGUGUUGGCAAGGAGGGGCAAUUUUUCUUUCCUGGGUUUAUCGAUACCCACGUCCACGCAUCUCAAUACCCAAACGUCGGCAUCUUUGGCAAGUCGACCCUCCUCGACUGGCUAAACACCUACACCUUCCCCCUCGAAUCCUCUCUCGCCGACCAGAAAAAGGCAAAACGGGUCUACACGGCCUGCGUGAAACGCACCCUCGCCCACGGCACCACCACCUCGGCAUACUACGCCACAAUCGACGUCGCCGCCACAAACCUCCUCGCCGACAUCUGCCUCGCCCUCGGGCAGCGCGCGUUCGUGGGGAGGGUAUGCAUGGACCGCGAGGGUCUGUGCCCGGAGUACUACAAGGACGAGUCCGCGGCCGACUCGCUGCGCAAGACGAGGGCGAGCGUGGAGCAUAUCCGGCAGAUCGACCCGGCGUUUGAGCUCGUUGCGCCGGUGCUGACGCCGCGGUUUGCGCCGGCUUGUUCUGGGGAGGCGAUGAGGGGACUGGCGGGGUUGCAGCGGGAGUUGGAUGUGCUCGCGCAGACGCAUAUUUCGGAGAAUGAGGGGGAGAUUGAGCUUGUGAAGGAGUUGUUCCCGGAGGCGGAGAGUUAUACGGAUGUGUAUGACAGCCAUGGGCUGUUGGGGGAGAAAAUGGUGCUCGCGCACGCGAUUCAUUUGUCGGAGAAGGAGGCGGAUACAAUUGCGGAGCGGGGCGCGAAGGUGUCGCAUUGUCCAUGUAGUAACAGCUCUAUUACCAGUGGUGCGGCGAGAGUGAGGUGGUUGUGGGAUAAGGGUAUUGAUGUUGGGUUGGGGACGGAUAUGAGCGGUGGGUAUAGCCCUAGUAUACUCGAGGCGGCGAGGCAGGCUGCGUUGGUGUCGAGGCAUGUUGCGAUGGGGCUGAAGGGGGAGGAGAAGGAGAGGGCUAAGCUGACGGUUGAGGAAGUGUUGUAUCUCGGUACGAGGGGCGGUGCCAAGGUUGUUGGGCUGGGUGGGAAGAUUGGCGGGUUUGAGGUUGGUUUGCAGUGGGAUGCGCAGCUUAUUGGGUUGCCUGUUGUCGACGAGGAUGGGGAGCAGGAGGAGGAUGGGAAUGUUGAUGUGUUUGGGUGGGAGAGCUGGGAGAAUCGGGUUGCCAAGUGGGUGUUUAAUGGGGAUGAUCGGAAUACCAAGACGGUUUGGGUCAAGGGACGGAUGGUGCAUUCGAGGAAGUAG